AUGGCACCCUCCGCACUCACUCCCGAGACCUCUCCCGAGCGUCAAGUCUUCCCCACCAAGACCAAGACCUCUAAGCCCACCAAGCCUGUGCAAUCAGUUAAGCUCAACGACGGCAACCUGAUCCCCCAGGUCGCCCUGGGCGUUUACAAGGCCCCCAACGGCCAAGAGACAGAGGAUGCCGUGAGGGCGGCCCUCGACGCCGGCUACCGCCACAUCGACUCGGCCGCGCGGUACGCCAACGAGGAGGCCUGCGGCCGCGCCAUCCGCCGCUGGCUCGAGGAGACCGGCACGCCCCGCGAGGAGGUGUUCGUCUGUUCCAAGCUCUGGGACGCCGACCAUGGCUUCGAGGCCACCUUCGACGCCCUCUGCGCGUCCCUGGCCAAGCUCGGCCUCGACUACCUCGACCUCUACCUCAUCCACUCGCCCGCCGAGGACGAAGCGAAGCGGCUGGCCUCGUGGCGCGCCCUCGAGAUGGCCCAGAAGCUGGGCAAGGUGCGGUCCAUCGGCGUGUCCAACUUCGGCGCCGGCCACAUCGAGUCCCUCCUCCGACACGCCAGGGUCGUGCCGGCCGUCAACCAGAUCGAGGUGCACCCGUUCUGCCAGCGCGAGGAGCUCGUCGAGCUCUGCGCCCGGCACGGCAUCCGCAUCGAGGCCUACUCCCCGCUCGCCCGCGGCAAUAAGCUCGAGGACCCCACCGUCAUCGCCAUCGCUGCCAAGUACCGGCGCACCCCCGCCCAGGUCCUCCUCAACUGGAACGCCUCCCGCGGUAACAUUGUCCUGCCCAAGAGCUUGACGGCCCACCGGAUUAAGAGCAACCUCGAAAGCUUCGACUUUAAGCUCGCCCCUGAGGACAUUCGGGCCCUUAACGAGCUCGGCAGGGAGCGCUACGUCACUGGCACCAUGCAUAAGUCCAAGGACUGA